AUGGUGGAUGAAUCGUGUAAUCCGUCGGUUUUCAGGAAGAUACAUGGACAGUCAUCUCUUGUUUCUAAGCUUUCCCCAAACUUGCACACCAGGAAUUAUAAUGUGACUAUUGGUGCAUUUUCUAAUGGUUUCCAUAGCCAUUUGCAUCCUGCAAUUCAUGGAAAAAGCCUGGCACUUGUGCCAUGUGUUUCCCCAAUAUUUGUUGCAGCACCAUCUGAGAAAGGUGCUAAAGGAUUUAUGAUUGAUUUUCUCAUGGGAGGAGUAUCAGCAGCUGUUUCAAAGACAGCAGCUGCUCCAAUUGAGCGGGUUAAACUCUUGAUUCAAAAUCAGGAUGAAAUGAUCAAGGCUGGUCGAUUAUCUCAACCAUACAAGGGUAUCACUGACUGCUUUGCUAGAACCAUCAAGGAUGAGGGUAUCCUCGCCCUUUGGAGAAGCAACACUGUUAAUGUUAUCAGAUACUUCCCUACUCAGGCCCUGAACUUUGCAUUCAAAGAUUACUUCAAGAGGUUGUUUAACUUCAAGAAGGAAAGAGAUGGCUACUGGAAGUGGUUUGCUGGGAACUUGGCAUCAGGUGGAGCUGCUGGUGCUUCAUCUCUUCUGUUUGUUUACUCAUUGGAUUAUGCCCGUACUCGUUUGGCUAAUGAUGCAAAGGCAGCUGAAAAGGGUGGUGAGAGGCAGUUCAAUGGGUUGAUUGAUGUUUAUAAGAAAACCAUCAAGUCUGAUGGCUUGGCCGGGCUUUAUCGUGGAUUUAACAUAUCUUGUGUUGGAAUUAUUGUGUACCGUGGGCUCUACUUUGGAAUGUAUGAUUCUCUUAAACCUGUGGUUUUGAUUGGUACUUUGGAGUGUUUUGAACUUGACCAUCUUGCUGGUGAAUCAAAAUGCAAGAUGAAAUGGACUCCUCAUCUUUUGGAUUUUUGCUCCUGUGUCCUAACUAUUGAUAAUUUCUUGGCAAGUUUCUUGUUAGGAUGGGGAAUCACAAUAGGUGCCGGAUUGGCUUCUUACCCCACUGAUACAGUCCGUAGAAGGAUGAUGAUGACUUCAGGAGAAGCUGUAAAGUACAAGAGCUCUUUGGAUGCAUUUAAACAGAUUGUCAAGAAUGAAGGAACUAAAUCACUAUUCAAGGGUGCUGGUGCAAACAUCCUGCGUGCAGUGGCAGGUGCUGGUGUGCUUGCCGGUUAUGACAAGCUGCAGGGUCUUUGCCUUGUUGACUGGGGGAGGGGGAUAGACCUGCAUCUCUUUCCUGAUGGUACAGAAUUUGAGGGAGAUUGUCGGACUUCAGGAUUUUGUUGCGUUGAAAUGCAAGAGAAGAAGCCAUGGACAUUUCAGGUUGACACAUACGGCCUCUGUGUUAUAAUUCAUAUGAUGCUGCACCAUUCUUACAUGGAGAUUGUAAAGAAAGGAACAUCUGGUGGUGGCUACAUGUAUCAGCCAAAGGCUCCUUUCAAAAGAUAUUGGAAUGAUUUGUGGAAGGAUCUCUUCACAAAGCUGCUUAACAAUAACUGCAGCAAUGACUGUGAGUUGCUGAGGAACUUGAGAAAGAGCUUUGAGGAUCACUUGCACUCUGAUGAUAAACAUAUAAAGAAACUAAAGGAGUUGCUGGCUAAGCAAAGGCUCCUUUUCUGUUCUGCUUAG